AUGGGGAAGCGGCGGAAGCUGGCGCAACCGCAGAAGCCGGCCAAACACGGCGGCGGAGCUGGGGGUCACAAGACGCAACCCAAGGCGGCUACUGCCAAGGGCAAGGGUGCAGGACACGGCAACGUCAAGUCCAAGGGGCAGCAGGCGACAGCCCCUUCGAAGACGACCAACCCGCCAGCGCAACAACAGCAGAGACAGCACGCCGAGCCCACGAUCCCCUUCUCGCCUGAAGACAAGAUCCUGCUAAUCGGCGAGGGCGACCUCAGCUUCGGCGCCUCGCUGGUAACGCACCACUACUGCGCCGACGUGACAGCCACGGUGCUGGAAAAGAACCGCGCCGAGCUGCUUCUCAAAUACCCGCACGCGGCCGCCAACAUCGCCGCCAUCGAGGCCGAGGGGGACAGCUGCCGAGUCGCGUACAACGUCGACGCGACCAAGAUGGCGCCGUUCACGACGAUCACCACCACCACCACAGCCGGCACGACCGGCACCAGGCAGCGGGAGGGCGUCAUGGACCGCAUCAUCUUCAACUUCCCGCACGUCGGCGGCAAGAGCACCGACGUCAACCGCCAGGUGCGCUACAACCAGGAGCUGCUCGUGGCCUUCUUCCAACACGCCAUUCCAUCGCUCGCGCCAUCCUCCCGAGUGGCUUCCUCUCAUUCCUCCCAUUCCCACAACCCUCCCUCCGACGACGACGACGACAGCAAGAAGAAGACGCCCCCCUCCAUCAUCGUCACCCUCUUCGAGGGCGAGCCGUACACCCUGUGGAACAUCCGCGACCUGGCGCGCCACUGCGGGCUGCAGGUCGAGUGCAGCUUCCGGUUCCAGGCCGCCGCGUACCCGGGCUACCACCACGCGCGCACGCUGGGCGUGAUCAAAAACAAAAACGGCGACGCCGUGGGCGGCGGGUGGAAGGGCGAAGACCGCGCGGCCCGGAGCUAUGUCUUUGUCAGAAAGGACGUGGGGGCACCGGAUGGGCAGCAGAGGGGCAAGAAGCGGGCCAGGGCUGCGGGGGGCGAGUCGUCGGAUGAGGAUUGA